AAGCGUCGUCGUUUUCGACCAAGUCAAGGACCAUAGGCGCGUUUGGAGGCAGCUUGACGCGUUCGAAUCCUCCUGCUUCCCGGGAAAAUGGACCGCGGCCUCAUCGUUGCUGCGCAGCUUUCUUCGAUCUUCCCUUCAACGCAAGCGGCAUCUUUUACUGUUCUCACGAGUCGCCACACAUCCGCCCUCCCUCCCGUUCCAGACGCGUCAGGACCACCAGUCGAGCAUGCAUCCUACUCAGCCGUUCUGCACACCCCCGACACCGGCACCAUUCUUCUGCGCGUCCUCCAUGGCGGCGUGAUGCUCGAAAUCAUCUCGUUGUCCACAACCAUUCAACCCGUGCGACUGGUAUUUCCAGUGACCGUGCUUCCAUCCCCGGCCGUUUUCCUAUGGGGAACACAACUUCAUGUUAUGGCCGUCACGAGCAUAGGGUCUCUGCAUCGCAUCGUCAUUCCAACCAACGGAGGCGUAGACUUGUGGCAGGGUCAAACGAACGGCAUAACCUCUCAUGAAUACCAAAUUUCGAACUUUCCCACAGCUGGCCCUGUCCUCGUUCAUGUUCAAGGCACACAUUGCGUGGUCAUUGGCCAGCCCGGAGGUGCGAUACUACGCUUAGAAUCGGAAGGUUUGGAGACGCAGGAUGGAGAAGAAGAAUGGGCGGAAACUUUGUUCCAGCACGGCUCGUUCUUGACGUCCUGGACCUCGCUCCUUCCCCUCUCAUCGACGCCAUCGAGUGGCUCUGAAAUUGUGUCGAUCGCCACUCACCAGUGGCCGACAGACGUGGGACAUGUGUGGACUCUGUCCCGGGACCGAACACUGCGGUUCUGGAAAGCGAAGGUCGGCUGUGUGUCGAGCAAAGUGCUCACGCUUGUAUCCGGGCGCGAGACUUCGCCGGUGCCCUCACGCGCAGGAACACCGUUGAUACUUCUGGACUCUGAACGCCAGACGCUGCUGCGAGUGUUCUCUUCAGAGUCAAGUGACGACCAUAUCUAUGUGCUUGCAUUCGUUCCUGGCCCACACUCUCCUUUGUCUGGAGGCACUUUCCAUCUACUUGGGACGGUCUCUGAUCAAUUCUACGAGAUCGGCACCAUUGAAUGUUCGAAAAACAGUGCUCAUUGCCAUUUACAAGACUUUAUGGUCAUCUCCGAUGUUCUAUACACUCUCUGGGAACGGCAGGGCCAGUCGCUAGUGGAGCGAAUGCAUCUGCGGACAGAUCUUUUGGCGGACGGCGAACUAUUCCAAGCUCAGCCCUGGCACUCUUCGUCUUACGCGACGGAACCAGAGUUGACUCCGGGAUAUCUGGAAGAAUUGCUGGUGACUCCAGGGUCUAUGACGGACAAGUUUUUCGAAGCGAUCAUGCGCCCGGGUAUGUUCUCUGCGCUGACACUGCAGACGGCUGUCGACCAAUACUCCGAUGCCUGUGCCUCUCUCCCUGGGCCGACUCCGCCGCAACUUUCCGCGAGUUACAGCACGAUUGGCGAGACCAUCGCAGCUGUGGUGGGGUGCACCGUGACUCUGAACCGAGAUCCUCAUACUGGGGCUUUGCAGCACAGCCAGUACUGGAAUGCGCUCAAACGCGACUGGGAAGGCUUCAUUGCGAGGUGCCGGGAACUGGAACGCAGUGCUCGCUGGCCGUUGGUCCUCGGUGCCAAGGGGGAGGGCGACAUUAUCGUUGUUGAAAGGGAGCGCGUGGGCUCGUUGGUGACAGAGGAUCUCCCGAUCCGGCUGCGGAGGAAUCUUGGCGAGGACAAACUCAUGGACCCGGCGCAUGCGCUGCUCGGAGUGCUAUGGGGCCUGCAGGCACAGUUGGGGGCUGAGUUCAUGCUCAGCUUGGAGAGCCGACUUGCCGACAUUCUCAGCCAAGAGAUCGCAUUCUCGUUCACGGAUAUCAUCCAGGAUCAAGUGGCGCGCGUCAAAUUUGAGGAGGCACUGGAGAACGGAGCGAGAAGCUGGAUGGACGGCCGGCUACAAACGAUUCCAGACAUCGAUGCAGCCACUCGCUCUGCCUUGGAUGUUAUUGGCGGGUUUGACUCCGACGUGAAGAGAGAAGAAGACGAGGUGGAGAUGCUGUUGCCUGUUGCUCAAUCGGACUGGUCUCGUGCGUUGACUGCGGCGUAUGUCAACACCACCGUCAACGCCCGCUACGACCUCUGCCUCUCGUUGGCCACACUCAUGUUUUUCUUUGCCGCAGAUCUCGCCGACUGGGAUCCGGCUUUGCUCGCCGAGGUCUUCGCUGUCUUCCGUGGGAUUGCCAUCCUGCGUUUUCUCACGCGACAGUCGACUAUGGAUGAGAGAGCGACAGAGGCAGAGUCCGAUGACGUUAUCGCGCGGCUUCAGAAUAUGAAUGUGUCUCGCGCUCAGAGGCAGAUCAGCAUCCGGCAUUCCCUGAUCCACCGCCUUCUUGUCCAAUCUUCGGACACGCUGAAUCUUCUGGGCUCCGCACAUCGCUUCCUGGACUCUACGGGGCUUCUGCAGUCUGUCACACCUGCCAGCGCAACCAAGUAUGAAGUAAUCUUCUGCGAGCGAUUGCGUGCUCUGGGGCAUCAUGAAAGCACGAGAGAAAUCCUGUCUUGGCUGCCGCGCACCGCAGGUGUGAUUUAUGUCCAAGCGAGACUCUGGCUCAGCAUUGGCCGAGCCGAGGAUGCCGCACAUCUGCUUGAAAAGCUGGCUGGCGCAUUUGGCCCCGAGAACGCUCUAAGCCAGGAAGAUCACGAAGCGCUAUCGUUCGUUCUUCCGGCAACGGAUCCUUUUGACUCGACCUUCUUCUUCUAUCUGCACGCCGCCAAGCUUUUCAAAGCAGCAGCUCUGGUGCAGUACGAAGUCCAAUUCACGGCGCUUGCUCUUUCUACAGCGCCACCCGAGGGAGAUCUGACCUCGCUUUGGAGCACGGUCAUCAAAGGCUUCACUGAUCUCGGGCUAUACGAUGAUGCAUACUCUGCUCUAUUAGCGACUCCAUCCGAAAAACUCAUACGCGAAUGCAUCGCAUAUCUCGUCUACCGCAUGUGCGAAGACAAUGCCGUCGAGCAACUGGUCGGUCUGAGCUUCCCCGGCUUUGCGGAAGAAGUGGAAGAGGCGUUGUCGUUCAAAGCUCGGAAUGUGGAUCCUCGCAUCCUGCCCAGCUAUUCGCGCAUCCUCUACUCGUGGUACACUUCCAGAGCAGACCAUCGUAACGCGGCUCUGGUCAUGUAUCAGCGAGCGAGGAAAAUCCAAGACCUUAUCGGGCUAGAUGGGUCGCUGGCUGCUUCUCUGGCGACUCAGCAACUAGAUGCAUAUCUGACCGCGAUCAACUCAUUGUCUCUGGUCGACGAGAAGGGCUCUUGGUUCCUCUUACCUCUGCUGCAUUCCGAGCAACCUCGAAAACGGCGGCGAGUGACGAGACACAUUCCCGACUCCCAUUUUACGCCUGGAACACAUGACCGCGAACUUGUCUCGCUAUCGGAUAUCCAGUCCGACUACGCAUUGGCAGCUGCCCAGGCGGAACUGGUCAAACGGGGUCUCUGGACAGAGCCCUUGUUUGAUCUCCCACCGGAUUCGAUCGUCCUGCGCCUUGCCCAAGCGAACCGAUUCACACUCGCCAUCGCCACUGCCACCAGUCUACAAGUGGACAUGUCAGAUCUGUUCACUCACUUGACCAUGCAGUGCUUGCGCCUCACCCGCCGUUCGAGUGCUGUUUUACAAGAGGACACCUCCGAUUGGUUGCUGACAGACAAGACGUCCUCAUGGCCUGGGACUCCUGCUGAACGUGGUUGGAGGUUCCUUCGACAGUCGCUCGAACGGUCCGACGGGCCCAGCACCGACUACAAAUACAGCAAAAUUUCUUUGGAGACCGUCCUCGGGCAAUCCAAAGCCUCCCCGCCCCCUUGGCUCGUCAACACCCUCGAGCUGCAUCACCCCGAAUAUCUCAUCCGCAUCCAUCUAAAAUACGACAAGCUGGACGAGUCUAUAGCGCACACAAUCGCCCUCAUAAAAAAGGCGGAUGCGCAGGUGUCCCAGGACCCAGGAAAGCAGACCGCAGUCACAUGGUUGCCCUACACACUGGUCGAUCAAGUCCUCCUGGCUGCCUCGGAAACGGCACCGGGUGCACCACCCCCCUCUGGGCUUGUGCAGCUCCGGUCACUAUUGGACAGUCGGUUAAAACGGAUGCAGAAAUUGAGCAUCAAGUUGAUGCCGUGAUCUCAUGGCUUGAAGCCCCGCGGAAACACUUGUCGGACGUUGAUAUUUACGCGUGUUGUUUGCAUGUAAUUGGCGAAUGCUGUCCACUCUGUGUCGUCUGCUGGACCCAAAUGGGCCGGCAGUGUGUUUUCCAAGAUCCGAGGCACUCCUGAAUAAGAAUAAGCGCGCGCACACUCGGGUCGGCAAAGCUGGAUUGCCGAACCGUGGUAUGCUCUUCUGCACACUGGUCCAGACAUGAUCACAGCGUCUCCGGAACGCAGUAGGAUGGGAACGGGCUCGGAAUCACGAGUAUGGCCGCCGAUCAGGAAUAUCGCUGCGUUUCCCAACCUAGAUUGACAGUCGUGUCAGUCCCGGAGGCAUCUUUGAGCAAAGAAAACGCAUACGAGAUUGAGACCAGAGGCGAUGUUGCACAGACUUCGGACCGAUCGACGUGCGCCAUCAGUGUGUCCUGGAAACAUGAGGAACAUGGAAUCAGCUUCAAGAGACCGGGUAACCUUGGUUUGAUAAAAGUUGACGAUUCCAGCAUCGGGUUCUGACGGACAGCGAUGAACGGUAUGAUUUCACCAAUUGGAGGCGUAAAUACCAUAAUCAUCAGCCCAGGUCUUCCACCCGGCUUCUUCCUCGCCCCAGUCUAGACCGGCUUCGAGAUCGUACACCUGGUCCCAAUCGACACUGCAAACUGCCCUGCGGCACUCGUCUGCGAGCAGGCGGUCGAUCUUGCUCGUGACCCGGCUAAAGUCGUAUUGCUUGGUGCCCCAAUGGUAAAACUGAGACGCACGUCAACAUUCAGCAAGGUUGUCGCGUGUGUGUGAAGAGGGAAAAUGAACCCAGCCGAGAUUGGCCCAGCGCAACUUGGGCAGCAGAGCCUCCGGAGUGGUCUCCCGCGCGUUUGCCGACGGGGCAGCGGGCAGUUUCUGAGCCGUAGCAAGAUCCUCGAAGUUCGCUGCGCUGACUGCUGUGUUGUUGAUCAGCUGCCGUGGACCCACCUCUUCCGGCAUCGUCUCGGUGUCUCCGGCUCGGAGGGGUUGGACGUGGAGUGAUUCUCCGUUGUCACGGCGUCGGCAGAGAGACCAGAGUCCUUCCUCAGGUAUGGCGUAGUGGACGUCAAGGUUGGUUGGAUUAGGAUGCUUCGAGUGGUCCGCUAAACACCAGCGGAUGAGCUGUCUCUGCUUCUCCGGCGAAAGAAAUCCGGGCAAGAUCACUAGCCCUAAUUUCGACGAUUGUAGCAACAGUCGCGGCGAGGAAGAUUCACGCCUACCAGGAUGAUGAUCGGUCAAGGCGUAGGCUGCGACGUCGGCGGAGGGAGAAAUAGAUGGCACCUCGCGGUAUCCCGAGAGUGCAGUGCCCUUCCACCUCCCAUCUUGCACUUCCCUCGAGCGGGUCUCAUUCAGCAAAGCCAGGUCCAACACGUCUGAGAGAUCCGGAGGGGGAAAUCGUGCCUAAGAGCCCCCAUCGAAUCAAAUUUCAUCGACGAAAUUCUCCGCCUCUUACUCUGAAUCGUUUCUCAGCGACUCUGAAUGGAGUCCAAUCAUGCUCAAUGGCCUUGUCCCGGCUCUUCGUGGAGGCAAGAUAUUGCUUCCGCGCCUAGUAGACGCAAGAGAUGACAAUCACGUAGAAAGCUAGCUGCUGAUUAUGCACCUUCUUGUAGGCAGGGCUCGUCGGGUCGAGUACACCGCUAGACAUGGUUGCAGCAAGAUGAAGAUUCGCACAGAUCAAUGACACAUACUGAUGACGGCACACCAAAAAGUCGAGAGGUCGGCUCGCAUGCCGGAAGCAUAUAUGUCACUCUAAAAUCUUUACCUACCUGCUCCGAGAUUUAGUUCUUCGAGCACGCCGUCGUCUCUCUCUCUCUCAAUGUCGUUGUGGCUCCCCCGCUCGACGCCGGGCCUCAUCGUUCGCUCAUGUAGAGCCCAUGGCGCCGCCGUCAUUCCUUCCCUCGCGCGCCCGGCGGCUUUGGCCUUCAGCCCCGCUAUAUCACGCUCUCGCCGAUUCCAGAGCACGAACACGAGCACAAGCACGCCCUCGAAAUCUACCACCCCUGUCUCGGUAGAUUCGAAGGAAGUGUCAGAGAACAAAGGCAGUUUGCCAGCUACGAAGGAGCCCGCGAAAGGCCCUCUACUGACUCGGGUAUGGAAGAAAGUCAAGCACGAAGCGGCACACUACUGGCACGGAUCCAAGCUCCUCGUGUCUGAAGUUCGCAUCUCGGCCCGUCUGCAGUGGAAGAUUUUGCACGGAGAGGCUUUGACGCGACGCGAAAAGCGUCAGCUGAAACGUACAACCACGGAUCUCCUUCGUCUGGUGCCAUUUGCGGUCUUCGUCGUCGUUCCCUUCAUGGAGUUGUUGCUCCCCGUCGCCUUGAAACUGUUCCCUAACAUGCUGCCAUCCACAUUCGAGGACAAAUUUGCUGCUGAAGAAAAACAGCGCAAGCUGUUACGUGUGCGGUUGGAAAUGGCCAAGUUCUUGCAAGAAACCCUCCGAGAGUCGCCGCUGAAAGCGAACGCUCAUAUCGUCGGCUCUGAUGCAUUCAAGGAGUUCUUCCGCAAGGUGCGGUCCACCGGAGAAUCGCCAUCUGCCGCCGACGUCAUCAGCGUCGCCAAAUUGUUCGAUGACGAUUUGACCCUGGACAACCUUUCUCGACCACAGCUGGUUUCGAUGUCUCGGUACAUGGGCCUCAAUGCAUUUGGGACGGACAAUUUCCUUCGCGGCGCCAUCCGGUCUCGGCUGUUACAUCUCCGUCGUGACGAUCAAGCCAUAGACUCGGAAGGUGUCGAUGAGCUAUCCACUUCUGAGUUGCAGGCAGCCUGUCAGUCACGUGGUAUUCGCACGGGAGGUGUUUCGCCCGCGAGGUUGAGGGAAGAGCUCAGCACUUGGAUUCAUUUGCACUUGCACAACCGCGUUUCUGGUGUUCUUCUUGUGCUUGGACGAGCCUUCAACUUUGACAAGAAGCCCGGCGAGACUGAGGAUGGAAAGACCAGCAUCAUCAAGAGUCUGGAAAGCGUGCUGAGUGGUCUGCCCGAUAACUUGCUCAACGAAGCCGAACUCGAGGUCGAUUCUGACAAAGCCAGCUACAAGCAGAAGCUCGAGGUCUUGCAGCAACAGGAGGAACUUAUCGAAGACGAAGAGGAGCAGGAGCAGAAAGAGGAAGAUGCGCGCCGUGCUAAACGAGAGGCCGCCGAGUUGGAAGCUCGCACAGCGCAAUCUCUUCUGCCCGAUUCGGAGCUCAUCCCGGAAAUUGAAGCUGACUCUGCCCGAAUGACGACCGAGCAGCUCAAGGAACUCGCCGAGGCUAUGUCUGUCAUGUCUGCCAAAUCCAGUGUUCUCAAGGAGCGCGACGAAUUGCGUGCUCUGAUGGAAGAAAACUUACAGGCUGAAGAGGAUCCGAAAUCUCCAUCGGGGGCUCUGACGAAACGGAUCCGGAGCAUGCUGAACAAGAUCGACCAGCAAUUGGAGGAAUACGAUGCCCGUGUCGGCAACUCGCUGCAGACCAUGUCGUGUGACGCCCAGGGCCGAAUCUCCGUCGACGAUCUUGAAAAAGCGCUCGCUGUCAUCCGCCACAAGCCAGACGACGAAGUCGGUCAGGCGGUCAUCCAGAAGUUGGAUGCGGACCAGGAUGGCUUCGUCGAGCUUGAGCACGUGCUCGGUCUUGUCAGGGAGGAAGGACUGGGAAUCGUCAUGGAAGACGAAGCCGCCAAAUCGCUGCUCGGCCAGGGCAGGGAGCUCAUGAACUCAAGACCAACGCCCAGGAAAGAGGACAUUGUAAAAGACGGGGACGGAUCAUAG